UUCAACUGACUCUCAUUCUCGCAGUUGCGGCAAAGCUAUGGAGACAUAUCAAUUUUGCUAUGAUGACAUAGUGAUUGAGAUCCUAGCAUUCGUUCCCGCUAAGUCUCUCAUGCGAUUUAAGUGUGUUUCUAAAGUUUGGAAUACUCUCAUACAACAUCCCGAAUUUGUGCAGUCGCACUAUGCUCGUUCUCAAGCCCGCCCCUCAGCCACCCGACUUUUAUUUCAACUCAUAAUAUGUGGUGGUAAACAGUACCAUCAUCAACCAAAUAAAUCCGAAGGACUUUCUUUACAGCUUGAUUAUUUUUGCUAUGACUGGGACAUGACUAUUUGGUCGAAUCACUGCAACGGGCUUGUUUGCUUGUAUAGCUAUACAGAAAGUCGACCUUAUUUAUACAACGUCACCACUAGGGAGAUAAAACCUUUUCCAAAGAGAAUAUUAUCAUUCAGUAAAUCAAAGUACCAACGGUGUCCUAAGUUGUUUCUGGGGUUUGAUCAAGUGACGGGAAACUACAAAUUGCUUCAUCGUAUACAAGGAGCAAAAAAGUUCCAAAUUCUAACACUGGGAGUAACCAAAUCCUCUUGGAGAAAAAUAAUCCAUUUGUCAGAGCAUGACUCAUUUGAUGUUUCAAUGGAAUGUAGUUUCCUCAAUGGGGCUCUUUAUUGGAUCUGUUCCUUGUUGGGCUGAUAGGUUCGACAAUUAUGUUGCCGCCUACUUCAAUUUUAGCGACCCCCUGAGCCAGGUGAUGAGUAGCAGGUCAAGUAGCAUUAGAACUGCAUUGUGGGGGAAAUUGGCUAUUUAUUGUCAGUAUGGUAUCCAUGGCCCUCCAAAUAUUUUAGUAUAC